AUGAAAUCAUUGCUUAGUGGUUAUUAUAAUCAUGGAAUGCUGAAAAUCGCGAUCUAUAUUCAGUCAAUAUUUCAGAAUGCGAUUUUUGAAAAGUCUCUAAAACUCAAUGCUGAGGCUCGUGGCAAGUAUGAUGUAGGAUAUUUGGUGAAUCUAAUGGCCGUUGAUGUGGAAAGAAUUUGCUCGUUCAUCCCGUUUGCCACCGAAUUAGUCACAAUUCCAGUUCAGCUUCUCUUCUCGAUGAUGUUCCUUACGUGGUCUCUCGGUAUCUCUGCUCUUGGUGGCCUAUUUGUAAUCAUUUCUGUGAUCAUCUUCAACAUUCUCUCAUCUCGAUUGAUUAAACGAUUUCAAGCAAAACAGAUGCAAUUGAAAGAUGAAAGGACAAAGAUGUGCAAUGAGGUUCUCAACGGGGUGAAACUCAUCAAAUUGUACGCGUGGGAGGAGGCUUUUGAGAGGAAAAUUCACGAGCUUCGAACAAAAGAGGUGAAAAUGAUCAAAAAAAUCAAUUUGAUUGGUCGUUCUGUUGAUGUGAUCAAUGAAGCAUCUGCAUUUUUGGUAGCUUUUGUCGUUUUUGGAUUAGUUGUACUUAACACAAAUGGAGGGAAUUUGACCCCAGAAAUUUGUUUAUUGAUAAUUGACAAAAAAAAACAAUUCAAUUUAUUCAACUCUUUUUCGGUGGUUUUCGUGGCGCUUGCCGUCUUCGCUCAAUUGCGUCGACCGAUGCGUGUUUUAGCUCAAACUUUGCUACAUCUUGUUCAGGCUAAAGUUUCGCAAGCUCGUGUCGAGAGUUUUUUAAUGGAAAACGAGAUUUUGAUAAAGAAAGGAGAGGAAAUUUGGACAAAAAAUGAAGCAAUUAAAAUUGAAAAGGGAUCAUUUAAAUGGAGCGAAUUGAAUGGGAAAAUUUGUUUGUCAGAGUUGAAUUUCGUGGUGAAACGGGGAGAACUUGUGGGAAUUGUUGGAGAAGUCGGCGCCGGAAAAAGCAGUUUAUUGGCUGCAAUUUUGGAUGAAAUGAUCCAGAAAACUGGUAAAGUAACAAAAAGCGGUUCUUUAUCUUAUUCCCCACAACAACCAUGGAUUAUUAACACAACAAUUCGAGAGAAUAUUUUAUUGGGAAAGCCAUUCAACCCUGAUCUCUUCAAAAGAAUUAUUCAAGCAACCGAGCUACAAGAGGAUUUAUCUAGAUUUGAGCAUGGAGAAUUGACAGAACUUGGAGAAAACGGUGUUACUCUAUCCGGUGGACAAAAGGCUCGUUUGGGAUUAGCUCGAGCACUCUAUCAGGAUUGUGAGAUUGUUUUGCUUGAUGACAUUCUCUCAGCGGUUGAUGUGCAUAACGAAACCCAAAACAACGAGAUGAUGCAAAAGGAGAAUUUGGAGACCGGAAGGGUGAAAAACUCGAUCUACCUAGCUUACUUGAGAACUUUAUCUCUAUCGCUUUCAAUUCUCACCAUUUCCUCGCAAAUUCUUGGCAUCGGGAUGGGCAUUUGGAAGAGUUUAUGGUUAGCAAAAUGGACAAGUGAAACAACGAGUGAUCAAACGAUUUCAAGAAAGGAGAUCGUUCAGAGAUUCAUCGGAUUCACUGGAAUCGGAUUGGCUGAAUCCCUCUUCCUCUUGAUCUCAACCCUGGCUUUGAUGAUCGGUUGUGAGCGGGCGUCUCUUCGUCUCCAUUCCCCAUUACUUCACUCAAUCCUUCGCGCUCCGAUGGAGUUCUUUGACACGACACCAAUUGGAAGAAUAUUGAAUCGAUUGUCGAGGGACUUGGAAGUGAUCGACUCGCAACUGCCUAGAACUCUCUCCGAUCUUUCAGCCAAUUUUUCACAACUACUCCUCAGCAUUACGAUGAUGUGCAUUGCCAUUCCUGAGUUUCUCAUUAUCGUCAUUCCAUUUCUGAUCAUUAACUAUUUAAUUUUGCGUUAUUACAUCUCGGCAGCUCGUCAACUUAAACGUCUUGAAGGAAUAAAUCGAUCGCCAAUUUUAGCGAAAUUUCGAGAAACGAUUCAAGGAGCUGCGAGUAUUAGAGCUUACAAAAUGAUUGAUCGCGAAGUGUACGCAUUUUUUCAUCGAAUUGACGAGUUGGCGCGUUGUCGUUUCCUCUCGUACACCUCGAAUCGAUGGCUUGGGUUACGUCUUGAGCUUCUUUGCAACAUCACUGUUCUCGUCGUUUCAAUCUUUGGCUUAAUCAUGUCAAAAUUUGACGCCAUUUCUCCAUCAAUGCUCGGUUUAUGCAUCUCCUAUGCGUUGAAUAUUUCUGAGGUAUUGUAUUUCGGGGUGAGAAUGGUGAGCGAACUGGAGACGCAAACGAUUUCCGUUGAGAGGAUUGAAGAGUACUCGAGACUACCGUCAGAGAAAAGCUGGCGAUUGUCCACUAAACCACCAUCAAAUUGGCCUUCUAAAGGGCAAAUCACGUGGACAGAUUACUCAUUGAGAUACAGAAAAGAACUCCCAUUGAUCAUCAAGCAAAUCACUGCGAAAACGAGCGAAAAUGAGAAAGUGGCGAUUGUCGGAAGAACGGGAUCUGGCAAAAGCUCACUAGCAAUUGGUUUAUAUCGUUUAAUCGAAUCAACUAGUGGAUCUUUGACAAUUGAUGGAGUCGACAUUUCACAGAUUGGACUACACGAUCUUCGAGAGAACCUCACGAUCAUUCCACAGGAAUCAGUGCUCUUCUCUGGCUCAAUUCGUUUCAAUCUUGAUCCUUUUUUUACCCAUGAUGAUGAUCGUUUAUGGCAUGUGUUAGAGGAAUGUCAAUUGAAAACAUUUUUCGCAAAUACUCAAGAGAAACUCGACUUUCAGAUAUUUGAGGGUGGAUUGAAUAUCAGUAUGGGACAAAGGCAAUUGAUCUGUCUUGGAAGAGCUUUGCUUCGAAAAAGCAAGAUUCUCGUUUUGGAUGAGGCCACAGCCUCUUGCGAUCCACACACGGAUGCAAUCGUGCAAUCAAUUAUUCGUCGAAACUUUAAGAACUCCACCAUUUUAGCAAUCGCUCAUCGACUGAAUACUAUUGCAGACUAUGAUCGAAUAAUGGUGCUCGCCAAGGGAGAAAUCGUCGAGUUCGACUCGCCGCAAGUGCUCUUGUCAAAUAAAAACUCUCACUACUCCCAAUUACUUCGACGAAUCAAUCGAAAACUCAAAGUA